UUAAUUCCCAAUUAAUUUAUAAUUAAAAACUGCUUUAAAAAAGGUUUUGUGGAACGGAUGUAGUUUAGUACUGAUAUCUAGGUCUGUUACGUCAUCUAGGCGUUCGCUCUUACUAAACUAAAAUGGCGCCAACGCCGUUCGUUGCUCCAUAACUCCGUCAACGCUGACCGUGUUUUAUCGGUUACUAAAAUUAUACUGUUAAAUAUUAUAGUUUGAUGUAGUAAAUGUUAAAACUUUUAUCUAUUUAGUGAUAAUCAAAGUUGAUAAUUAAUUAAUACUUAGUUGACCUUUACAAAAGUGUAUUUUGGCACGUGCGUGAGUUAUUUUUAGAUAGCUUGGACGUGUCGCAUUGCAGGACAAAUCAAUAAUGGCUCGAGACAGGUUUGCCUCCACAUCUUCUACAGAUGAGAAUGAAUCUGGCACUGAUGGAGAGUCGGAGAGAAAACCAAUCACCAUUUCAUAUGGAGGAUUACCCAUGACAUCGCAACAGGGUAACAUAAUAAUUCGCAAAAGGCGCGGUAAUCUACCAAAAGCGUCGGUGAAGAUAUUGAAACGAUGGCUGUAUGAACAUCGGUAUAAUGCAUAUCCCAGUGAUGCUGAAAAACUAGCUCUUAGUCAGGAGGCCAACCUAACGGUUCUACAAGUAUGCAACUGGUUCAUAAACGCCCGUCGCCGUAUUCUGCCCGAGAUGAUCCGUCGCGAGGGUCAAGAUCCUCUUCAUUACACCAUCUCAAGGCGCGGUCGGAAACAACUCAAUUCAAGUGAUGCAGAUGCUGAGGCUGAUGCCAGUGCUAGCAACCUUGUCGUCACUGCCUGGGACGGCUCUGAGAUUGAGGGCGAGGGAGAAGGCGAGAGCGGACGGGACCACGACUACGGCGACGGUCUGCUCGUGUACCGAAGCGAUGGCGAGGGAACUGACCGGUCCCACGACGAAUAUUCCGAGGACAAGUACGAUCCCGCCGUUUGGCACUCCGUCAUCCGCUACGGCGCUGAUGACGCACAUCCGGCCGCGCGCGGAUCGGCAGCAGUAGUGACGGUCCGCACCAUGGACGGUGAAACCGUGGAAGGCGAAGUUCAGAUGGAGACGGAUGAGGCCAGCGGAGCAGACACGAGUACAGCCAGCUGGCCCCAGAUCGCUAUACCGCCGAUGCCUAAGACUGCACGCCGUCGCCUUCAGGUGGUGGGAACUAGCGUGCCAGAGACACGUGUAGAGAAAGACAAGUUCAAGUGUCUCUAUCUGCUGGUGGAGACUGCGGUUGCUGUACGCCAACGAGAAAAGGAACAAGACGAACUCCCCGUCUAGGGUAGCAGGUUCGAUUUCUGACCGAACAACUUUCGCUUAUUUUAUCAAAUUUACGUUCUACAAAAUGUUCAGUUUAUAAAUUGUGAAGAAAAAAAUUGUUAUGAUGUUUUAGAGAAAGUUGUUCCAUUUAAUCGAAGUAUACCAAUUUUGUAUCAUCAUUGUACUUCCUAAUAUAGCCGAAGGAGGUAAUCAAUUCGACGUGUAAUAAUUUUUUUUAUCAAAAUGAGUUACAAAGUAACUACAAUAUUUUAACUAGAGUUUUUUUUGAGUUCUAACUAAAAAUUGCUAUGAAGAUAUGUUUUCAUGUAAAUAAUACAUAACUUUCCAUGGCACACAUUACUUCCAGAGAUUAUUCUCAACAAUAAUAUAUCAAUGAACCAGAUUUUACUCUACUACAUAUAAACUCAAGAUUGUAAUUUAAGUACAGUAAAUAUUGGAAAAAGAUAUAUAUAUAUAUUCAAAACGGUUAUUUGAAAACUUCAAAAAAUGUAUAGAAAUUAGUUUUAUAGUGAUUAUUUUCUUUGUAUGGAGUAGAUGUUUAGUGGAAUGGACUUAUAUUAAUCUGUGAAAGUAAAAAUGUAAUCUUAUAUACAGUACUGUAUUUUAUCAUAAAAUCUUUUAAAAACAUAUAGCAAUGUCGUAAAAUUACAUUCAGGUUUAUUACUAAAAAGUUAAACCGAUUUGGUGGCGGAUGUAUUAUGUCGAGACGGUUUCUGGGGGAGUUUUAAAUUCAAAGAUAUUAAUUAUGAUUUUGUAACUAAAUAAUACUAUAGAAAUGUAAGUUCUAUCAAUUCGGCAACUCGAUGUGGGCAGGGCCUAAAUUAUUCCUUUAAACCCAAGUCUAAAAAGAUGAGUCAAUAUAUGGCAUCCUUGGUAUAUAAAUACUUACUUAGUACUAAUUUUUAAACAUCAAGGAUUCAUAUCAAUUUUUGUCCAACGAAAACGUCGUCUAUUUAUUGCAUUUAGAUUCAUUCGAACGAUGAUUCCAUUUCAACGUUCAAGUUUUCCAUAUGAAAAUCUAUCGUUACUGCCUAAGUGCUGUAUCAAGGAAUUGGGAAUUAAUUGAAUAUUAAUCAUCGUAUCGCUUAUUAAAAAAUAUCGUUUGAUUUCGUUUUAGGGGCCGUUCAAGUAUUACGUAAGCACUAGGGGUUGGGGGGGUUCUUUGAUUGUCUUAUAUGGUGAUUACGUCAACAGUAAUUAUUUACUUUUUUACACAUAUUACCCACACAUUGUCUAUGUUUGAAAACGAAAUGCAUACUUUUAUGUACUAUUAUUUUCGAUAGCUUGCUGAAAGAAAAGGGGGGGGGGGGGAUAAAUUGCAGUAAACCUGCUUACGUAAUACGUAAUGGCCCCUUACGGGGUUUAAUUUACAGUCAAAUUACUUUAGAAUUACACUUUUAAUUGUUGUUUGCAGUUCUGUAACCUAUUUUGAACUUCUUGCAAAGUUAAAGAAAGCGCACCUUAUAGGUUGAUAAUAUAAGGUAUAAGGAGAAUGCAAUAGAAUAAUUUCCCAAUGAUAACGUUUGUAACAAUGGAUUAUGUAACAGUCGACCUGUCAUGAAAAUGUGCUUAUCUGUUAUAUAAACCCUUUUUUUAAGUUAAUCUAAGGUACUCCUACACACAAGUUAUCGAGGACGAUUAGGAUGUAACAUAAGAAUAUCGCGAUGAUGAUUGGUUAAGAAAAUGCUCUUGACUCAAGUUAAAAUCAGUCAAACCAAAUCCAAUUUCAUCUCUGAUAAAAAAAUGGCAAUUAUUUCUUCAAUGAAGCAACGUCUUCAAAUUUAGCUUUGAUUUAUUUUGAUUCACAAACCUAAAUAUAUUAUAAACGUAAGUUGUAUUGUAUACCUAUUUCUUUCAAACAGCUUUCAUCAAUAUCCAAUCAAAAUAACGUUGUGUGUAGGAUAGUAUAAAUAAAAAUAACGUAUCUUUAUUACAAGUUAAACGCGUAAUUUUAGUUUUUGACCUGCGAAUGUAAGGCAUUUUAGUUUUCGCCGAAAUACAGUUAGAAUAUUUUUAUAUUUAGACCUGUAUAUACUUGUGUAAGGCUCUAAUUUGUUAGUGAUUUAAUAAAAUAUGAUUUCGCA